GAGCAGUAUGUGUGGCCAGAGCACACUGCUGCAGCUGGGAGCAUGAGUGUUGGCCCCCAGCUACAGCUGGCAGUCCUCUGGCCUUGGCUGCUAAUGGCUAUGCUACAGAUACGACUAGGCUACUCAGGACUGGCGCUGGUGGCAGCAAUGGAAGCCGAGCGGACUUUGGCCCAGAAGGCAAUAAUUCGGGUAAUCCCUUUCAAACUGGAACCCCUCACACUGGAAGGAGUCUUUGCUAGCAUUGCAGAGAUCACCCCUGCUGAAGGCAAACUGUUGCAGUUCCAUCCCCUGUCUUUGUGUAAUACCAGCGAGGAUGAACAUACAGUCCCAGGAUUUGUCUCCAUUGUCAAACUGGAAAGGCCUGAGCGGGAUCUCCGGCCAUGCCUGUCAUUGGCCAAUAAGGCCAAACUGGCAGGGGAGAGGGGAGCUCGGGCUGUUCUGUUUGACAUUACAGAUGACCAGAGUGCUGCUGACCAGUUGAGGAAGCCUCAAGGGCUGAGUCAUCCUGUUGUUCUGAUCUGGGGCCACAAUGCUGAACUUCUCAUGAGAGUGGUGAACAAUAACCGUGAAGCCCAUGUGAAGAUUGAGGUGAAGGAAAUGCCAACUUGGCCAGACUAUGAUGUUUGGAUACUCCUCACCGUUGUCAGUACAGUACUGGUCAUUGUUAUAAUCUUCAUUGUUCGCACUCGUUGUCAGCCAGGCAGAAAUCAGACAAAUGUGCAGGAAGCGACCAUACAAGCAAUCAACCGGCUGGCCAUACGGAGGUAUCAAGGCCCCCAUCGGCAUGCUCCAACAGGGGACUCUGUUAGCACCUGCAGUUCUCCUCCUAUAUGUGCAAUUUGCUUGGAAGAAUUUUGUGAGGGGCAGGAACUACGGAUCAUCACCUGUUCCCAUGAGUUCCAUCGGCAGUGUGUGGACCCUUGGCUCCAGCAGCACCAAACAUGUCCAUUAUGCAUGUUCAACAUUGUUGAUCGGAUUCCCCCUACUUUAUCUAGGCAUUCUCGUGAGGACCGACACAAUUCUGGAUCUAGACAGAGGCCUCAUUUAUUCCGGCAACGACCAGGGCGUGCCUUGUACCACUUCUCACGAACUGUCCCCCAAAUGCCCCCCAGGAACUGCUCUUCAGUGGGCUCUCGUGGCCACCCUUUCUUCCACUCUCCUGAACUCUCCCAGUUGGAUUUUGGAACUAUGCAUUACUUGCCUUAUAGGCCAAUUGGCUUUGAGCCUUGGUGUGGCCACCAAGCUCCUCUCAGCAGAAGCCUGUUACUUUCACAGCAUCAGCUGGAGUCACCAGCGUGUGAGCCAGCCCUGGCCUCUCAUAGGCUGUGUCUGCUUCAACACCAGCCAUCUUGCCAAGGUCUCAGGGCUCCCCUUGCAGCUCAGAUAAAUCAUGCUGCUCCUUUACAUCGAGGAAUUCGCCAUGGGAGGCAUCACCACCAUCACAGUAGUGGUUCUGGGGAAAGUUAUCUUACAGAACCCAGUGGAUACCUUCCUGAUGGCCCUGGUAGUGAUUCCAGUUCAGGUCCUUGCCAUGGCAGUUCCAGUGACUCCAUGUUGAAUUGUACUGACAUCAGUCUUCAGGCUAUCCAUGGCAGUUGCUCUACUUUUCAUAGCUCCCUGAGCAGUGAUUAUGAUCCGUUCACCUUCUGUGGCUCAGAGAAGUUGAGCACAGAUAACAAACAAGAUUCUUCUUCUUCUGGGAGGGAUUCACAGCUUCAGUCAGUAGACACAAUGGUAACAAGUAGAGCACAACUAGCCAGUAAUCAUGUCCACUAUCAUCACCAUCACCACAGGCAUCACCAUUAUGGGCAGAAACCUUCCAACUGUCCAAAUGGCAGGCCAAACCAUGAGUCUAAUCCACGCAAGAUGAAAUAUUCCAGGACAAAGGUGGGAUCACAAAACAUCUCAGUACAAAAAAGGACAGAGAAAAUGCAAAUGCUAGACCUUUCUAGGCAAGGACAUACUGAGCUGUAUUUGGCAGAUGGGUCUGAUAUUAGCAUGACAGCCAGUAAUCAAGCUGGAACUAUUGGACUGUGGGGUACUCAGAAACACCAUGUGCAAAUCCAUCCAGGUAGAAGGAGAUGGAAGUGUCCUCUUGAGACUUCCCCCGAGGACUCCAGCAGAACUCUGGAAUGCAGAAUUGCUAGCCAUCCUGGUGGUUUAUCUAGAAACCAAGGUUCCCCAGAAAUUCAACCUCUUUUAGUAGGCGGUCCCCCUGCGCAUAAUUUUGCAGCAUUGCCGGAGGUAUCAAAAUGCCUAACUCCAUGUUUUACCAUGGAGCCCCAGGAAAAGAGGGACACGCUGAAACAAUUGGAUUGUGAACACACAUUUCCAGAAGAAUGUUCAGACAAGGAUGCAACAGGAAGCAACACAAGCUCUUACCUCAAUAAUCGAGUUCUGCAAAACCUUCAGGGAUCUACAGAAGAUAUCCCCAAUGUGUAUGAACAUUCAGUUUGA